AUGGCAGCAGGGGACCUGCCAUGGCUCUUCCACAUCCUCGCGGUGCUCUCGCCAAUCUUCAUUACAGUCACAUUCUACGAGAAAUCACUCUUCGCCGUGCACGUGGCACUCAUGACCCUGGCCUUCCUUUUGGUUAUCCCUGAAGGCGUCUUUAUCGUCGCCAGACCCUCACGGCGGCGCAAGGAGGCCAUGCGGCUGCACCUGGGCCUUCAACUCACGGGCCUCGUCCUAGCACUAGCCGGCACUCUCGCCAUGUUCACGCACCGCCACGCGCGACUCAAGGCGCACUUCAGCACGCCGCACGCGUGGCUGGGCGUGUCAGCAGUCAUUCUCGCGGAGCUGGGGGGGCUGCUGGGCGUGCUGCUGUAUUUCAACACUUUAAGGAUUUCGAGAGUGCUUAUUGGCCGACUGCACUUCCUGCAUCGGAUGGUGGGUCGGCUGGUGAUCAUCUGUGGAUUUAUUGCCAUUAUCCUCGCCCUCAAGAUCUUUGAUGCACAAAACCCUCGCAAUAAGUCCCCGAAGCAGGCACGGCCACAGCGGUCAGGUUCGGGUGUGGGUAGCAUUGGUGGGGUUGGGAGAGGGGAGGUACGGAGAGACCUGGAAGCCGGGCUGGGGAGUGGAGAUGUUGGGAAGAAGGAUUCUGAUUAA